AUGUCCUUCUCGAUCUUUGGCCGGACGAACCCCAACGCCGUGGACAGUAACGUUGUCGACGCCAAGACAGGCGAAACCGCACCUGCUCUUCCUAGGUGGGAACGCCACACGUUCGUGGACUACAUGGCUCCCAAGCGUAUCGUCCAGGAAACUGGUACUCAAUAUGGUCGUAUCUGUCCGCAAUGCGGCGCGCCCGCCGUAGUGGGCGCCGCGCAGGAGCGUGUCUUCUCCUUCUUCUGGGUCGUUCCAGUUUUCCCUCUCGGAGAGGUAAAAAUCUGGGGCUGCGGUCGCUGUGGUUGGCGCCAGGAGCGUGGUAAAGGCCCCGACCCCGUGAAGCAAGAUGUACCGGAAGGGGGCAACCAGAUGAUUAUGCAUGGGGCCUUCUCUGGCGGUACUCGCGAUGAUGAGGGGCCAUUUGGUGACCAGGCUGAUGAGGCCAGUGGGUCUGCCCGCCUGGUGCACAACCAGUAA